AUGACCGCCGAGCAAAGUGGACCCCGAACAUCAUACCCGAACUCCCUUCCGCUCCGCCGAGCCGAACGCAGCAAGCCAAGAGCUGCGACGGCUACAACGGGCAAGCGAAAACCCGACAAACGUGGAAAAAGCGCGUUCCAAGGGUCGCGGGUGUUCUUCUCCAGAAUCUGGUCCGCUUACACUCCGCACUGCCCGAAACGUGGGGGUUGGGGGUUCAUCCCCGGUGGCUCCCUCGAUUCUGCUGACGUCGUUUCGGUUCAGGAAUCGCGGCAGCCUGAGCCGGAUUCUGGUUCGUUGCGUCGCCCGGUCGGGGGGCGGAUUCCCCGCACGAGGAAUCCGUCAGAUGAGCAGAGUGCGGGGACGGAAUCUGAGGCCAGGGGAGGGCGAGUAUCCACGAUGAUUUGGUGGAGGGCCGAGCUAGCGGGCUCUCUUCGCUAG